UUUCUCGCGUGGCACAAUAUGGAAAUAAUCGACGCCGUUAAAUUGCAAUCGAGGUACAAAGUCUAAAGUCAGUAAUGGUUUCUUCGAAGAAAUGACGAACACAUCAGGAUCAUGCACACUUUAUUCUGCAUUACCGAAGCCUUUUCAUGAAUCCCAUGUAACUUUUCUGUCGCAACAUUCCGGCAUCACGCAUUUCCCGAUAUCGCAACAAAUAUCUCACGUUUGCGAGCGUGUUUCUUUUUUUUUUUUUGUUCGAGAAAGAUAGUGCCUCACACCUUUAUGAUUCACGAACGUAACGAAAUAAUUAUUUUUCUUUUUCAGAUACAGAGUCAUGCUGAACACUCGGAACAUACGAAGCUCCUGAAGCUAUAUGUACAUACAAUAGCUGUUUAUUAUUUUAAGAGUGUUAAGCCAGGAUGGCUUCGUUGAUUUGGUUGGUAGCUCCGAUUGCCAUUCUAGGAAUAGCUCAUGCUCUCGAAGGACCCAAUAUAUGCACCAUACAAAAGACGUACACGGUAACGGUGAAGAUAUCGGAGCAGAAACCUUACACGGUACGGGAGAACACUUGGUGCUUCAGCUUUCCACCAAGAUGCUCCAAAUACAAAGUCGUGUACAAGACGGUGUUCAAAGAACAGGAAUUAGUCAAGGAGAGGCCGGUGGAGGAAUGUUGCAAAGGCUACACGGAGACUACCGCUGGUGAUCGUUGCAUACCUAUCUGCUCCGAGGACUGCGUUCAUGGCACUUGCAUGGCACCUGACUUUUGCAAGUGUGAGUCAGGAUAUGGAGGCCCGUUAUGCGAUUUCAGUAAGCACGAUAUUCAUCAUCUAUGCGAUGUGCUGCUCGAAAUGACGACGCAGGACCUCACUCUAAAGAUCACACCAGAAAAAAUGAAGAGUUUUUAAAUAGAUUUAAAAAUGUGUUAUAUAAAAUAUGUAUACCAGGUAAGUAAAUAUGAAACCGGAAUUUGCCCAUAGAUGGCCUUAGCUGUCAAUAUACAAUAGUUAUCGUCAAACGGCGUCAUUGGCGCCAAUUUUUUGUUUUAACAUCUGAGAACGAUUUGCAAGACACAACAAUACAAGUUUCGUACAAUAGCAUUGUUUUUAAUAGCGUUAAAUACACUGCGGUGGAUAACUAUAGCACCACUGAUAUUUUUAAGGGUGCGCAGGAGCCAGAACAGAAUUCCGAGUUGACUUCAGCGACAGUCGCGGAAAAAGUAGGAAACUCCGGGACAAGGACAGAGAGGGCGAUACAACAAUUGCAGAAGAGACGAGGACAGGACGAUUAGGCUAGCAUGAUAUUUUUCAAGGAUAUUGAAGCAAAGAAGCAAUAUUUUCUAAUAAUUCUGGUUUUAAUAUAUUCGUUACACUUUGACGGAUGCGACUCCAAGGUCUAAUUUUGCAAUUUCGGCCUUAAAACUUUAUAAACAAUAAAAGUACGUUUUUCUUUUCUUAUAGAAGAAAUUUGUUUAUAUAUACUUUUUCCAACAUCAGGCCUUAAAGUCGCAUCCGCCAAAGUGUAACGAAUAUAUUAAAAUCAGAAUUAUUAGAAAAUAUUGCUUCUUUGCUUCAAUAUCCUUGAAAAAUAUCAUGCUAGCGUAAUCGUCCUGUCCUCGUCUCUCCUGCAAUUGUUGUAUCGCCCUCUCUGUCCUUGUCCCGGAGUUUCCUACUUUUCCGCGUCUGUCUCUGAAGUCAAUUCGGAAUUCUGUUCUGGCUCCUGCGCAUCCUUAAAAUUUUUUAAACAUAAAAGAAAAAUUCAAAGAAAGUAGUUGGAUAAUAUGAAGAAACGAUGUAAAUAAUUAAUUUUAGAGGAAAUAUACUGAAGUAGUCUAAGCCUGUAUCGAGAUAAAGUCGAAAAGCAUUAUAGAAUCGGUGCAAAACUAUAGUACCACGGUCAUUUUCAUCACACUUCAAACGUGUUUGUCACAAAAUUUUCAUCUACUUCAGAGUUUUACUUAUUAAUUAAUACAAUGCCACGCGGUAAAUAUCUUACUGAGAAAGAGCAAGGUGAAAUUUUGGCUUAUAACAAGCUAGAACUGGGAAUU